AUUUUGGUCAAAAUUAAAAUUCUGAGGUUUUGUUAAAAGUCUUGCAAUUUCUUCCAGACAAAACAAAAAUGCUUUUAGUGCAAAUAUUUCCUUUUCUAAUUAAGAACUAAGAAGUUAGUAUUAUUUACUUUUUUAGUCCCGAAUCGGCCACUCUCGCUCGCUGGACAAUCUCUCACAGCUGAAGGACAUUCUUGUUCCGAAGGACGAAGCCAUGAUGAGUCUGUUAUGGUUAACGGCAGAAGAGGCUGCAAAGAACAGAGGAAAACUUCUUUCUUUGUACCGACAACUACUUAGGAGCAUCAACUCGCCAAAAUUGCAGCUUAGUUAUGCGUCAAUACUUGCCAAGAAAGCUGAGGUUAGGACCAUCUUCUUGUUUGGCUCUGAGGAGGUUUCAAAACACAAUGUUGCCGAUCUCAUCCGUACUGCUGAAUAUGCUCUCUCCCAGUUGAAACAAGGCAAAAUCCCCAACAGCACCACUCAGUAUUGAUUGAGUCAUUGUCACACAUUCAUAGAUAUAUACAUGGCUUUAUUAUGCUCCUUUCGAUAUCACCCUUUCAUUUAUUUGGAAACCUUCAAUAUUUGAUCAGCUCAACUACGUAACUCACAAGGCGUGUUUGCUAGAUGUAUAAUUAGAUUUGUGGUGUUUCGAUAACAUGUCGUCCCGUAUAUGUUUGCAUUUUGGUCAGUAUAUUCCAAUAAUCAUUGAAGAAAACUUUCAACA